CGACCCCGUCCGCCCCGUUCGGCUCUGACGCCACUUCCGCCGGCGACCCCUGCCCGACCCCGCUCCCCCACACCUCGUGUAAGGUGCGCGACGCCAGCUCCCUGCCCGGGGGCGGGCGCCUGGGGGCCGCCAUGGCCCCCAGCCACCUGUCCGUGCGGGAGAUGAGGGAGGAUGAGAGGCCCCUGGUGCUGGAGAUGUUGAAGGCCGGCGUCAAGGACACGGAGAACCGGGUGGCCCUCCACGUGCUGACGCGGCCCCCGGCCCUGCUCCUCCUGGCCGCGGCCAGCAGCGGCCUGCGCUUGGUCCUGGCCUCCUUCGCCCUGGCCCUCCUGCUGCCGGUGUUCCUGGCCGUGGCUGCCCUGAAGCUGGGCCUGCGAGCCCGCUGGGGCUCGCUGCCUCCCCCGGGCGGCCUGGGGGGGCCCUGGGUGGCCGUGCGCGGCUCCGGCGACGUGUGCGGGGUCCUGGCCCUGGCCCCCGGCACCAGUGCAGGGGACGGAGCCCGCGUCACCCGCCUCUCUGUCUCCCGCUGGCACCGGCGCCGAGGUGUGGGCAGAAGGCUGCUGGCAUUCGCCGAGUCCCGGGCUCGGGCCUGGGCUGGGGGUAUGGGGGAGACGCGCGCCCGGCUGGUCGUCCCCGUGGCCGUGGCCGCCUGGGGCGUGGCCAGCAUGCUAGAGGGCUGCGGGUACCAGGCAGAGGGUGGCUGGGGCUGCAUGGGCUACGUGCUCGUGAGGGACUUCUGCAAGGACCUGUGACCCCCACCGCUGAGUGUCCCCGUGGCCGCCGGGAGGAUGGGGCAGGGCUGGAAGGUGGCGCCCGCUGCAUGCUGGGUGCCCGGCGUGUGACUCCCCAGCACACCUGGGGCUCGGCCGCCCGUCUGUCCGCGUGAUGUCUGGGGGGGGGUCUGCACUUCUCAGGAAUCCCUCUUCCCUCGUGGCUCCUGGGCCACCAGAGGUCACGGACCCACCCCCACCCCCACCCCAGGGGCACCUGUGUCCCCAGCCUGCCCCGCCCUCCAGGAAGGGACACCUAGCGGGAUCUGCACAGGACACGGCCAGAGGGGACAGGGCCUCCCGGGGAGAGGGGUGGGGGACACAAGGUGCUGUGGGCAGUGGGCGCCCGGCUGCCGCUGGGGAGCUGAGAGGGGCAGCGGCCCUUCCUCGCGACCCAGCCAUCUGGUUUUCUACACUGUUUGUUAAUAAAGCCUGAAGUGGCCUCCU